AUGGCGGCGCUGGAGGCGGCCGGGGGCUUGUGGCGCGUCGCCCUCUUCCUCUCCCAGCUCUACGUCCUCUCUGGAAGGGCUUCCUUGAGCUCCCAUUCACAAGCUCAGCUGUCCCACCCUCAAGCUCCACGGCCAGAAGUCGGAGUCCUACCCAGAAGCACUCAUGUUCCCAGCUUCAAAAAGACCACAGGGACCCCGCCUUACGUGAACCUGUGCCCCAGUAACGGGCCAUGUGGCCGCUUGCCUCCGGAUUGCGUGAGCUGUAAAAUGAACAACAGCUGCGUCUAUGGAAAACCGGUCCUUUACGAAUGUCAGGCCAAGCCGCAGGUUCACUGUCUCGGACCAGAAACCUUUGUGCUCAACAUGACGUGCCAGUUCUGCUGGCAGCUUCCUCCGUCCGGCUACAUCUGCUCCAACGCCACAAACUGCAAGACAGUCUCGUGUCCGCGGGAACGGUACCGAGCCAACUGCACGGUGAAGGAUCACAUCCACUGCCUAGGUAAUCGGACCUUCCCCAAGAUGCUUUACUGCAACUGGACCGGAGGCUAUAAAUGGUCGACGGCUUUGGCCCUCAGCAUCACCCUUGGCGGUUUCGGAGCGGAUCGUUUCUACCUGGGCCAGUGGCGGGAGGGCCUGGGCAAACUCUUCAGCUUCGGCGGCCUGGGGAUUUGGACCCUGAUAGACGUGCUGCUCAUCGGGGUCGGUUAUGUGGGCCCCGCCGACGGCUCCCUCUACAUCUGACUGUCUCCGCAGCAGACAUCGGACACAGAGCAGCCCUGGGAAGUACACAAGCCGGACCUCAAAACGUAGACCUAGAAGCGUGUGUUCCUUAGGAGCACAUAUAUUUAAUGUACAGUAUCUGUACUUAGCCCGCCUUUAACUUAAGGUAAAAAUAAACAGAUGGAUCGUU